AUGAGCUACAUCGCCCGCCGAGGUCUCUCGACCUUGAUCCCUCCCAAGGCAAUCGGUGCUGCUAAGGAUGCCGCCCGCAUGGACCGCGUCGUCAACUUCUACGCCAAGCUCCCCCGUGGCUCUGCUCCUGAGACCAAGCCCACCGGCCUCAUCGGCCGCUACUCGGCUCGCUACUUCGGUGACAAGCCUUCUGCUGCCCCCCUUGCCCACGCUAUCGGUGGCAUUCUCAUCCUCGGUUACAGCAUGGAGUACUACUUCCACCUGCGUCACCACAAGAACCACCCUCACUAA